AUGGCAGCUUCGCGCUCACGAGGAGGACACGAUUAUACGGUUUGGGAGACAGAUCCUACAGGGAAAUACACAAGGUACAGUAAGCGCAUUGAUGAGGGCGAUCUUAAGGAAGUUUAUUUGGGAUAUGACAAGACUAAUGGCAGAAGAGUUGCUUGGUGUAAGAAAUUUCUAAGAACUUAUAAUCUUGAUACUUUGAUUACAGAAGCUGAGUUGUUGAGGAAUUCUAACCAUCAUAAUAUAAUCAAAUGCUUCCAUUAUUUUUGGGUCCAAAAGAAAUUCGAAUUAGAAACCAAAGUUGAGUUUAACAUGAUUACUGAGCUUUAUUCUGGGAAUUUGAGGGACUUCACUCGGAAUCAUCAGGUUAAAGAAAAUAGUCCUGCAAUCAAGAAAUGGUGUCGACAGAUUCUGACAGGGCUCGAUUUUCUUCAUAGUCAAAAUCUACCGAUUAUUCACAAUGAUCUCAAGUGCGAAAACAUCUUUGUUGUUGGUAAAUCAGGCACGAUUAAGCUAGGAGAUUUGAGUGCCGCGAAGACUCUUGUACUGACUAGUCCUGGGAAUGAUGAUGCUCGUAUGAUAGCGCGAUCUGAGGUAUACUGUCUUGGGUUGUGCGUACUACAGAUGUUGACAGAGGUAAGAUUGCGUACAAUGGAUUUUAUCCUGUUAAACAGAAUACAGGACAGACAGCUUAGGAACUUCAUUCAGAAGUGUGUGUAUCCUGCAGAUAUUAGGCCUACAAUAACUCAACUCCUGAAUGACCCGUUUCUGUUACCAAGGAUUGCGCCUUCUGCUGGCUAUUCGCAAGUACCUCCAAUGCCAGCUACUAGCCCCCCGAGAGCUCAGCCUGUAUUACAACCGCGAUCUGCAACAGACUUCGUUACAGAACAUAGGAGAUUCACACUACAGGGAGAGAGGAUAGACGAAGAACUGAUGGCAGUGACCUUGAGGACUACUGAAGUUAAGAAUACUGAUUUUGUAUUUUCACUCAGAACUGAUACAAUUUCUUCUAUGAUGGAUGUAAUCACUGCAGAAGUUAAUACUAAUGCAGACGUCGAGUUGAUGUCUCAUACUCUGGAACGACUGAGGUUUUACGUAGCCAACAUAGAACUAGGAGGUCCACAACUUGAUGAGCCUCAAGAAGAUAGUAUUAAUGAACCUCUCGAGAUUAAUGUUGGUAUUGAAGAGCAAGUACGUGAGGCUGAUGGUAACGUAAUCAACAACAGUAACGCAGCUGCUGAAAACUCUGAGGGAGAUAUCGACGACAGUAACACAGCUGCUGCAAACUCGGAGGGUGAUAUCAACAAAAGUAAUAUAGCUGCUGCAAACUCUGAGGGUGAUAUAGACGACAGUAACAUAGAUGCUGCAAACUCUGAGGGUGAUAUCAACAACAGUAACGCAGCUGCUGCAAACUCUGAGGGUGAUAUCGACAACAGUAAUGCAGCUGCUGCAAACUCUGAGGGUGACAUCAACGACAGUAACAUAGCUCUAUCUUCUGAAGAAGCAUGA